AUGGAGGUUGAAGAUAUACAACAAGAAAUACAACAAGAGGAACAACCAGUUGUAUCAAAGGAGGUUCAAGAAGAAGAAGAUUCAACUCUGGCUACUGCUACUCUUACUGUUACUAGUUUUAGUGUAUCAACAGAGGAACGAGAACAACAAGAAGAGCAAGAACAGGGAGAAGAGCAACAACAGGAAAGUGUAAGGGAAGAUAUUGAGGAGACUCCUUCCGUCCCUACUACUACAAUUGUUGAUGAAGAAGAACAAACAACUCAAACUACCACUACAACAGAAGAAGAGGAAUGUAAUAAUAAUCAAAAAGUAGAACCAGAACAACCAACACCAGUUGCCGUUGUAGCAGCUACUGAAGAAGUUGUCAAACAACCAACACAACCAACUGGUUCAGUUGUAUCGCAACCAACGCCAGUUGUAUCAUCAGUAAAUAUUCAUCAUGGAGCCAAGUUGAUUCAAGUAACUGGAUCAGAAGAACCAUACCAUUUCAUCAAUGUACAAUUAUCUCACAGUUCAUUAAACUUGACCGAUGUCUUUAUUAUCCAAAGUGAAUCAUAUAUGUUUGUUUGGAGUACCGACAAGGUCCAUAGUCAAAAGCGUGCUAAAGCCAUUCAAAUGGCUCAGAAAUUAAAAGUUGAAGUUGGAUGUCAAAGAGCUGUUAUUCCAUUGGAAUAUGGAGAAGAACAUUUAACAUUUUUAUAUAUGUUGGGAGUUACAAAAGGAGAGAAAUUAAAGGUGACUGCAGAAAAGAGUGAAUCAAUGUUGGAUGAAAAUGGAGAUGAAUUGGAACCAGAAUACUUUUUGUAUAGAGUUGGCAAUGUCGACGGUAAAUUAAAUGUCAUUCCAAUCGACGAGGAAGUCGUUACACAAGAGAUGUUUUUAUCAACCAGUUGUUUUAUUUUGGAUUGUGAACAUGAAAUCUUUGUAUGGCAAGGUGAAAAGUCGAGCAAGGCUGAGCGUGAGGUAUCUGUCACAUUGGCCAAACGUUUCCUCACCAUGUUUGAACGUCCUGCCAACACAUGCAUCACACCCGUCUUUGAUGGUGCUGAAGGUGCUUUGUUCAAGAGCAAGUUCAAGGUGUGGAAAGAGAGUGAAAAACAUAUGAUGUCUUAUUUGGGAUUGGCAUCCAAGAAAAAAGAGGCUCCAUCGUUUUUAUUGGACGAGAUGUUUCAAGAAAAGGAGAUUCCAGAGAUUCAUUUGGGUUCCAAUGACCACAAAGGCAAGUUGUUGGUGUGGUCGUGUGCCGGCAACAACGGUCAGUUUAAACGAGUGGAAGAAGACGACUUUGGCGUGUUUUACUCGAACCGUUCGUACGUAUGUCACUUUAUCUACCGUCCAGCCGACAAGAACUCGAUAAAGUCGGUCAUCUUUUACUGGGAGGGCAGUUUUGCCAACUCGCGCAACUACAUUUCCUACAAGUUUGGCUUGUACAAGGAUAUCAGGGAAAAGAUGCAGUCGCUGCAGAGUGACGAUCCCACCGAAUACCGUAUCUCACAAAACAAAGAGCCCAACGAGUUUUACAGCCUGUUUGGUCGCGAGACUAUCGUUGUCAACGACGACCUCUCUACGAGCAAGCCGUCCAUGUUCCAGGUGCGUGGCGCCGAUGGCAAGUGCAGAGGCACACAACUCGCAGGCGACAUGUCUGCCGCCAAGCUGUGCUCACUCGACUCGUUUGUCGUUAUCAUCCCGGGCAAGGUUAUCUUGGUGUGGCACGGACGUGCAUCCAACGAUGCCGAGCGUGCCCUCGCAUCCGAUCUCUACACCUUUUUGCCACCCGACUAUGAAGCACCUGUCAAGGAGAUUGAAGAGGGUGAGGAGCCAGAGACAUUUUGGAAGAUUUUGGGUGGACGUCAAGACUAUGCCGAUUGUUACCAAGACAAGCCAAAGCAAUUUAGAUUCUAUCUCACCACAGAGUCGACCGGUGUAUUCAAGGCCGAGCAAAUCAAACCAUUCUCUCAGGUCGAUCUAAACACCGAGGAAAAUGCAAUCCUCGAUCGUUAUGAUGAAAUCUUUGUCUGGAGAGGUGCCAAAACAACAGACGCCAAGUUCAAACAGACUGCCUCUCUUGCCAAGCAAUAUCGUGACAACAUCAAUGAUGAUCGUCCAGCCGACACCCCAAUCACUGUCAUUGAUGAAGGAAAAGAAACCAUCCUCUUCAAAUCAUUCUUUAACUCUUGGAAACAAGUUAUUGCAAAGGUUUUCAUUGAUCCAUUAGAAUUAAAGAAACAAAAAGAACAACAACAACAAAAAGAACAAUCACAACAGCAAAUUGUAUCUCAAGAUGAACUUGAUAAUUUAUUGGUUGAUAAUAAUAAGAAACAAGAUCAAGUAGUUGAAAAGGUUGAAGUGGUGGAAAAGGUUCAAGUUGAGCAAGAGGAAGUAGUAGCUGAAAAGGUUGAAGUUGAACAAGUACAAGAACAAGUUGAGGAAAAGAGAGAAGAAACAGUUUCAACUUUAUCAACAGAGGAGGAAGAAGAAGGAGAUAAACCAACACCUAUCAAUGUUGAAGAAGAAACUACUACUACAACUACUACUACAACAACAACUGAAAGUCCACAAUUAAUAGUUACACCACCAAAUGAAGAACAACCACAACCACAAAAAGGACAACAAGAAGAAGAGGAUGAAGAGAAUACAACUGGAUAUAAACAUUAUAAUAAUGAAUCUAUAUCAGUUUCUUCAAAUGGAGAUUUAUUGUUUGCUUUUGAAUUGCCAAACAACAACAAUAAUAAUCAACAAUCACAAAACAGUCCAAAAGGUAAUAGAAAAAAGAAUAACAAAAAGAAACCAAGAAACAGAAGUCUCAGUCAAAGCAAUACACCAAAUUCAUCGAGUGGAACACCCAUUUCAAAGUCUUGUGAAUUGCCAAACUUCUCACCUCUAUCAUCUUCACCAUCCAACGCUGCAGCUGGAGGUAUAUCAGCUGCAAUCCCAUUGGCUGCUGCUCUUCCACCACUUUCAUCUUCUCCACAACACUCUCCCAAUUUCCAUCGUAAAAAAUCAAAUCAAAGACACAAUAGAACUGGAUCUUUUGGUAGUCCAAGAAAAUAA